GGGAAGCAGUCUGCUGUUCACUCCACAGCAGGCCAGCCUAAUCAGAAGGCAGAGCCAGGGUAGAGUUUGAUCCCUGUUCAGGCAUAUUCACCAGGGCUAUACCCUACAUCCUUCCAUGGCCCUGACGAUGAAACUUAAGUGUUUCUGGACACUAGGCCUAUGUUUGGUAGUCAGCCAACUUUCCAAGACACUGGUCAAAAUUCCCAAACUGCCAACUAUCCAUGACCCGGGAUUUAUACGCGAAUGUGUCGACAGCCAUAAUGAAAUGCGAGGCAAGGUGAAGCCCUCGGCAGCCAAUAUGCUUUACCUGAAUUGGGACAAGGAAUUAGCACGAUUAGCCAAAUUAUGGACUAGGAAGUGCAAAUAUUCACAUAAUCCCUGUAUUGCAAAACGAUAUAGCUGCAUGGUGGAUUAUGACUUUCUUGGAGAAAAUCUAUAUUUAGGGCCAAUAAACAGUACACCAAAGGAAAUAAUUUCUCUUUGGUCUAGUGAACAAAGAUAUUAUAAUUUUGAAAAUAUGACCUGUUCUAAAAGUUGUGACCAUUAUACACAGGUAGUUUGGGCUAAUUCAGUUAAAGUUGGAUGUGCAGUUUCAAGUUGUCCUCAUCUCUUGGGAAAAUCAGCAGCACUAUUUGUAUGUAAUUAUACACCAGCGUAAGUUGAUUUACUAAAA